CCGUGGGUUAAAGUGGGAGCCCAGGGAGAGGCUGGGGCUCUGACGGCCUCCCCCCGACUGCUUUCUUACCAGACAGGGCUGUCUUGAGCCUUAUCUGAUUAGGGUUAAGUUGACAAGCAAGCAGAUGAGACACUGGCAAAGACUCCUGGGUUACUCAGUAACCCUGCCCUCUUUAAAAGUCCCACUGUUUUCCCCUGGCAUCCAGAACAAAGCACUCUUCUCUCUUAGGCGCUGCUGCCAUGAACACCCUCCUGCUCUCUGCACUGUGCCUCCUUGGGGCCUGGGCCGCCCUAGCAGGGGAAGUCACCGUGAAGGAUGGAAAGUUCUCCUUUUCUCUGGAGUCAGUGAAGAAGCUCAAGGACCUCCAGCAGCUCCAGGAGCCUGGGAGCCCUAGAAAUACUGGUGGAUCCCUCGUUCCCAUCCUCUGCAGCUCCCCGAGGUUUCCCGAAGAACUCAAGCCUCUCUGCAAGGGGCCCAAUGCCCAGGAGAUCCUGGAGAGGCUCGAGGCCAUCGCCGAGGAUCCGAGCACGUGUGAGAUCUGUGCCUACGCUGCCUGUGCUGGAUGCUAGGACGGUGGGUGCUCGCUACCUUCUGUCCCUCCCCCGCAGGCCGCUCUCCCUCCCCGCAGCUCCACCUACCCAGAAUGGAGGAGUGACGAGAGGGCAGGCUGGGGAGGCCCAGCCCCUGCCCCCGGUGCUUUCCAAGAUCCACCCCCACCCACGGCUAAUA